AUGCAAUCAUCAUGUGAGAAAGAAUUUCAUCGAAUAAUUCGUACUGAAUUUCCCUAUAAAGUUGAAAAAUUAACACAAAUAUCAAUACCUAUUGAUCAUGAUAUUAAAUUAGCCGCAACAAUAUGGAUGCCUCAAAAUAAUAAUAUUCAAUCGGUAGAUGAAGAAAAAUUUGCAACGAUUUUAGAAUAUAUACCAUAUAGAAAAUCAGAUUGGACAUCACGAAGAGAUGAAAUUCGAUUAAAAUAUUUUUCAGGAUUUGGUUAUGUUUCAAUUAGAGUUGAUAUUCGAGGAACUGGAAAUUCUCAAGGAAUAUUUGAUGAUGAAUAUUCUGAACAAGAAUUAUCAGAUGGAUUAAAAAUUCUUGAAUGGAUUCAAAAUCAAAAAUGGUCUAAUGGAAAAGUCGUUAUAUAUGGAAAAUCUUGGGCUGGUUUUAAUGGAUUACAAAUUGGUUAUCUUCAACCUAAAAAUUUAUUUGGAAUAAUUUCAGCUUAUUCAACAGAUGAUCGUUAUAAUAAUGAUAUUCAUUAUUAUGGAGGGUGUUUAAUAGCACAAGAAGCAUUAUCAUGGUCAACUCAAAUGUUAUUAUGGUUAUCUAUUCCUCCUCAUCCAUUAUAUCAAGGAGGAAUUGAUAAAGAUUCUAAUUUAUUUAAUAUUUGGAAAGAAAGAUUAAAUGAAUUGAUACCUUUAGAUGCUUAUUGGAUAAAACAUCAAAAUCGAGAUGAAUAUUGGCGUCAUGGAAGUAUUUGUGAAGAUUAUUCGAAAAUUUUAUGUCCUGUUUUAUUAAUUGGUGGAUUUGCUGAUCUUUAUAAUUCAUCAAUUUUUCGUUUAAUGAAUCAAUUAAAAUAUGAAAAACGAGCUAUUUUAGGUCCAUGGGGACAUCAAUGGCCAGAUGAUGCUUAUCCGGGACCACAAAUUGGAUUUUUACAAGAAGUAAUUCAAUGGCUUGAUUAUCAUAUAAAACAUAUUGAUAAUGGUUAUGAAAAAAAAGAAUUUCUAUCCAUAUUUAAAUUAAAUCCAAAUAUAGAUGAACUUCAUUCAUUUGUAAAACAAAGAAAAGGACAAUGGAUUCAUCUUAAUUCAUUACCAUCUUAUCCAAAUGAACAUUUUCAAAGAAAUCAUCUUUCAAUUAACCAAUAUCAACAAAUUAAUGAAAAACAAAUUAUAUAUUAUUUGUCUUUUGGAUCUUUAACAAUUGAAUCUGUUUCAAAGGAUCAAAUUCCUGAUAAAAUUUCAUUUUUAUCUCCUCUAGAAACAGGUUUAUCAAGUGGAAAUUUGCUAGGAUGGGGAGGUGUUGAAAAUAUUGAUAAUUCAAUAGACCAACGAGAAGAUGAUGGAAGAUCAUUAUGUUUUGAUUCUCUUCCAUUAAAUCAUAAUUAUGAAUUAUUUGGAUUUCCAAGUGUUAAACUUAAUUUAAGUUCUAAUACUAAUUAUGGUUUGAUAUGUGUUCGUCUUUGUAUGAUUGAUGAAAAAAGUUCAUCUUCAAUACUUAUUUCACGUGGAAUUCUUAAUUUAACACAUCAUAAAUCACAUGAACAUCCUGAACAAUUAAAUAUUGAUGAAAUUUAUAAUGUUGAAAUAACAUUAUCUGGUGUUUGUGUAUGUUUACCAGCUGGUUGUCGUCUUCGUUUAGCUUUAUCAACAUCGUAUUGGCCAAUUGUAUGGCCUUCACCGCAAUUAUCAACAUUGACAAUUCAUUUUAAUCAUUUAUCACCAUGUAUUCUUAUCUUACCUUGUUUAAAUGAUAAAUAUUUAACAAGAGAUGAUUUUGCUUUUCCUGAAAUUAGUCAAGGAAUUCCAAUAAAGUAUUUACGAGAUAGUUCAGUUACUCGUUUUAGAAUAUUAGACGAACUUAAUGAAAUAAUAACAUUAAAAAUAUAUACCGAUGAUGGUUCUAUUGAAUAUCCUGAUGGUUUAAUAUGGGAUGAAACAUCAGAAUCUAUUUAUAAAAUUAAAAAAAAUGAUCCUCAAUCAGCAAGAAUCGAAAUAAAAAGAUAUUUAAAAUAUUAUUUUCAAGAUCAAUCAUUAAUUAAAGUUGAUAUUGAAACAAAAUCAAUUAUGUUUAGUCAAGAAUCACCAUCAACAUUUAACAUAAUACAUCAAUUAAAUAUUAAUAAUAAAGAUCAAUUAGUUUUUGAGAAAAAUUGGAAUUUAACAUUCCCUAGAAGUUAUAUUUAA